AUGAGAGCGCUAUGGCUGCCCGUCCUAGCUGGCUGGUCGUUGGCUGCAACCAUCUUGGAUCCGAAAGACUGCAAUGAAUUCCCGUGUUUGAUCUUUGACGAUGACUUCGACUUCCUCGACCACAACGUCUGGGAACACGAGAUUACAAUGUCCGGCGGGGGGAAUUGGGAGUUUCAGGCCUACGUCAACAACCGCAGUAUUAGCUACACUCGGGACUCUACGCUGUUUAUUAAACCCGAACUGAUCUCGAACUGGGAGGGCGAAGGGUUCCUAUUCAGCGGCGAACUCAACCUGUGGGGUAUGAACGGCCGGAACGACGUCUGCACCUCCAACUCGUACUCGGGCUGCUCGAGGAUCGGAUCGGCGAACAACCUCGUGAAUCCGAUCCUCAGCGCGCGGCUUCGAACGCUCUCGGAUUUCGCUUUCAGGUACGGCCGUGUCGAAGUCAGGGCGAAAAUGCCUCGUGGCGAUUGGCUGUGGCCAGCUGUGUGGAUGCUGCCCCGGAACUGGCCCUACGGCAGGUGGCCAGCGAGCGGAGAGAUAGACAUUGUGGAGGCCAGAGGGAACGAGAACUAUGGUGAUUUAGGAAACCAGUACGGAGGCACAACCUUGCAUUGGGGUCCGUACUUUCACGAAAAUAAAUACGAUUUGACGCAUAAGAUAUAUGCCGCCUGUGAUGGGUCUUUCGCCGAUAGCUUUCACAUCUGGAGAGUUGACUGGACGAAGGACAGCAUGAAGUUUUACGUCGACGAUACCCUCGAAUUAACCGUCGACCCUGGCACAAACUUCUGGGAUUUUGGAAGUUUCGGCGAUCGCAUUGAUAACCCCUGGUCGACGGGAUCCAAGAUGGCGCCUUUUGACCAGGAGUUCUACUUCAUCGUCAACCUCGCGGUGGGCGGAGUCAACGGCUUCUUCCCCGAUGACGUCACGAUCCAUCCUCCGAAACCGUGGAAGAACUGGUCCGGAACCGCGUUUUUGGAUUUCUGGAAGGAGCGCGAGUCGUGGCUGCCUACCUGGCGCGCGGGGGAGAAGCGGAUAAGCGAGCGAGCGGCGUUGCAGGUGGAUUAUAUCCGCGUGUGGAAAAUGGAGAGCGUGGAGCAGUGA